UCCUCCCCCUUUUCUCCUGGAAGGACAGGGCGGCGGAUGUCAGGCGGUGGAAGUCAGUCGGCCGGCCUCCUCCUUGCAAGUGCCUUGCGAGAUAGCUGGGCGUGGGGGAAAGGUUGGCUGGCUCCGGGGGCCAAGCGCCUUUAGCCAUGGCUGAGCUGCCACUCCACUCUGCUGAGGAUCCUGCUGACAUCACUUCCUGUCCCAAUGUGACAUCACAGACAGGUCCUGCUGAUUCAGCACCAACUGAGAACCCUUCAGCUGAGAUCAGGCACCUGUGCCAGUUUUUCUUGGAAGGGCGCUGCCGUUUUGGUGCCCGUUGCCGCAACCCCCACCCUAAUGAUGCUGGCAACGCCUCUGAUUUAGAAGACCACAGACUGACCAGCCAGGAUCUUCCCCCACACCACCCCUCAGGGAAAAAACCUGCAAUGAAAACUGCUGAGGAUGUUAUCUCUCGUCUCCUCUGGGACCCCCAAGUGCCAGCUGAAUGCUUCUCCAUUGGUUACCUUGAUCGUUUUUUGGGAACUUUAGAAGAACCUUUUACUGCUUUCUCCUGGGAGGAUCUGGCUUGCGCCGGGCCUGGAGUACUGGCUAUCCCCAAGCACAGAAUCCAGUACUUCAAAUAUGGGGAACGUGUGGUGUGGGACAAAGCCAGGCGGACAGAUGACGUCUUUGGGUCCACCGGAAGUGGAAGAACCAUCUUGCAGGUGAUAAAGGAAGCAGCAGCAGCCGAAGCCAUUAGGAAAAAAGCACAUAGCUGUGCUUCAGGAGGGGGAGGGGGAACCAGGCAUCCUGGGGAAGAGGUGGACAAUCUUGAUGCAGCCACUGAUGCAGAAAAGAGCUCAGAUGGAGCCGCUGGUAGACAGGUGAUGAGGGAGCUUGAGGAAGCAAUGGACAACUUCAGCUGCAUGGAUGGAAGUGAGAUAACCACUAAAGCAGGAGGGAAGGCGGUCAAGUCAGGCAUAGCAGGACAUUGCAUGGAGGAGGCAGAGUCUUCCAAGUCAAUUCUCAGUGUGAAACAGGGAUAUUCCUUGAUGGUGGAUGAGAAAAAUGGGGGUCCUGAAAGUAGAGACUCUCGUGAUCACAAACAGCGGCCAACUCACUUCGUAGCCAUUCAAAUCACCAACUCUACGACUCGGGAAGCUGUGAGGCACUUGCAGAGGGUCCUCUGCAAGGUCCGCCCAGACUUGGCUGAAUUCUGUGUGCCUUUGGGUACUCUGCAUCUCACACUGUGCCUGCUGCGUUUAGACACCCCAGAAGACAUCUACAGAGCUGUUGUGGUUCUCCAGGAGCUGCAAGCCAGUAGCCACCGACUCUUGCCCCCAGCCUUGCUUCUCUCCUUCCAGGGGGUGGAGGCGUUUCACUCCCAUGUGCUCUACAUGCGCCCAGCAUCUGUGGCUGAGUUGGGAAUUCUGGCCCACAGUUUGGAAGAUGCCUUUUGCAGGAAGGAUCUGACAGUGAUUCACCCUCCUAGCAAAGAUAAGUUUCACUUAACAGUGGCAAAGAUCCCCCCACGGAAGCUGGGGCCACAACUGCCAGCAGAUUCCACAUGGAUUCCCUCUAUUGAAGAUUUAGGGACCCAAGCUGUAGAGGCAAUAUGCUUGUGUGAGGCCGGACAGGGGAGGAGGACAGAUGGGUUUUAUACUACUGUACUGAAAUUAGAUUUAUACUGAAGAGAGAAGGGGUACAGCUGGCAGACAAGUAUUCCCUGGGCUCUGGCUCCUGCUAGGAGCUGUGCGCUCUGAGUGAGGAUCUCAUGCCUUGUAACGAGCUAGUUGUGACCUACCUCCUUGGUUCACUUGAGUUGAUUCUGACCCAGCAGAAGUCUGUGCUCCUCACAAAAAGGGGGUCAUGAAAUUUGAGGGGUUAUAUUCAGAGUAGGCAAAAAAAAAAAUAAAAAACAUUCCAGUCUAGUACAAA